CAUAAAAUUUGUAAUUUUACUGAAAACAUUGUAAAUGAACAUUCGAAGAUGGAAAAUAUUCAAAAAGCUUUGAUUCUAAUGAAAGAAGAUGGAAUCAAAUUAAUAAAUAUAACUUGUCAAGACAUCCUCAGCCCAGGAAAUAUCGACAUAGUUCCAGAUAUACUAUGGAACCUUAUAGUUAGGUAUCAUAUACUACAUUCUCACCCUAAUUACGUCCAUAUCCCAACUGAUGAUCAAAUUAUCCAUAACUUUUUGAUUUGCAUAAAUUCUAUCCUUCCCGACUUCAAGACCAAAAAUUUCGACUCCGAUUGGGUCGAUGGGGCACGACUAAAUGCUCUGAUCGAAUGGUGCCAAAGCAAAAAUUCUUCCUGGAAAAUAAUGAAAAAAUUAAAGGGAAAUGACGAUCUAACUCUACUCAAUCAAAGCGCUAAAAAAGCCGAGACUCUCUUUAACAUUCCUAAUAUUAUAGGGGACGUUAAAAUGAGUAGUACCGAAGGCAUGGAUUACAGGGCUAUGAUAACUUACUUGGCUUAUUUUACCAAAUCGCUUCACCCGGACAACACAGAAAAUGGUCGAAAUGGGGCCAACCAGAUUCGAUAUCAGUCAGGACCAGCGUAUUCCAAUUUGUUAAAAUGGGUCAAUGAAAAGCUGGACCCGGAUAAACCUAUAACCAAUUUUGCAAGUGACUGGAGCGACGGCAUAUUGCUUGAAGAACUGAUAAAUUCAUUUUCGAAUCAUUAUUUGCUGGAUAUCAACAAGGAUAUCGAUAAAACUUUUGCCGAAAAUAACCGUUUGUUUAAGAAUCAAGUCUUUUCCAAAUUGGACGAAUGUAUAAUAAAAGCCAAAGAAAUUGGAAUUAAGCCUAUCAUUAAUGGUCGCGAACUGAAGAUGGGCAAACUGAAUUCUUUUUAUAUGAUGAUGUACGUAUCCCAGUUUUUAAAAUUGGACUCUAAUAUUCUGAAAAAAAGAUUUCUCAACGAUGAAUUGAUGCAAAGAUUUAAGAUCAUCAAAAAAGAUCUCAAAAAAAUCCCACCAUCUCAACCUUUCGUUUCUCAACCGUGCCCAUUAAAGGCUCAAAUAUUGGCCAAGCCCAAACUCAAACCAGUACCCAAAUGUCUAAAAUUCUUUCAAAAUGAUCAAGAGAUGAUGGUAAUUAAUCGAGAUAUUGAUAAAAAUAUUUUCAGCAUGAAUAAAGAAAAUGACCUUAAAGAAAAGGAAUGGAGCAUUGAUUUUCAGGGCCUUAAAAACAAUUUUGUUACCAGUCCCAUCCUUGCCAAUCUUCCUACAAAAAAUGCUUUAAAAGCUGAUAAUAAUAUGGAAAAGAUUAAAAAAUUGGAUACAAGCAAAAUAAUGGAUAAAAUUUCCGAGCCAACAAAUGAGAAUAAAAGGCAUCAUCAUAAUCCUAUCGAAGAUACGACAAUGAUUGGGUAUGAUAUGAAUGGAAAUUUAGUAGAGGAAAAACAUAUGAAUAAUGGGUUUGAUGCCAUUAAAAGUGUUCACGCUCUUGAAAACGAGAAGAAUUAUAAAACUAAGUAUGCUACGAAUCGGAAUGAGGAGGUUUUAUUUUGUGUUUUAGACCAAGUACCACAUUUGAUUCCCGUCAAUAAAACUGUUAAAUAUAAGUUUGCCUUGAUAUCAUAUCACGAACCGCUAGACGACAAAUUGCUACAAAUCAGUAUCGAAACGCCCACGUUAUCAAAAGGUUAUUCUAUUCCCUGCGAUGUUAACAAAAUCGAAACCAACUCCAUAAAUAUGCAUGAUUUCAGGAAUAAAUAUACAUAUCCUCGCGAUAUCGAUAAGAAUUUAAACUUUUGCGUAUACUCACAGGAAUAUACGAUAACUUUUAAGACGUUAGAAAUAGGCGAACACCUAAUACACAUGAGGUAUACUGGUAAAGAUAUAUGUUUCAAAGACAGUAAUAAUAAUGGAUUGUUACCCAACGAAAAUGAUAUGCUCUCGAAGGCUUGCUUGCCAUUCAAAACUUACGAUGCAUCAAAAGUUAUAUAUCAACCUUCCAGAUUCUGUGUUCUUGGAAAAUUAACUACUUUUAAAAUAAUAGCCCAAGAUUCGGGGCCUGGUAAAUUAGAGGUACUCAUAAACAAAGGAACCACUAAAUCAACCAUUAGAAGUAUCGGAAAUAAAACAUUUAUGGUAGACUUUGUUCCCUCUCAAAUCAAUCGCAUUAACCCUUAUAUGCCAACAAAAGAUUUAAAUUCCGAGAAUGAUAGUGAAGUUAAGUAUCAGAGCAUAGAUAUCAAAUUUAACGGGGACGUCAUUGCAGGUAACCCAUUCAAAUGUCCCGUUGUUAAUGUAAAUAGGAUAAAAUAUGAAGGAAAAGGACUUAAAAAUAUGAUUCGCAUCCAAACUCCCGUGUCCUUUACUAUUAAAACGUUCGUUCCAUCACUCGAAUCCAAAGAUUUUAAAAUAGAUAUUCUACCGAUUCUUCCUUUAAACACAUUGAAUUCUCACGAUAAAUUGGAUCAAGAGACAGAGUACAAUUUAAAAGGCCCAAUGAUUACAAAACCAAUAAUUACUCGCUUAAGCCCCUUAGAAAUGGGAAUAUUUUCUAUUCAUUACACGCUAUCCAGUGUAGGUAAUCACUCUUUAAGUUUGGAGCUACGCUUGGAUAAUGAUUUUAACAGUGAAAGAGAUUUGAGCGAACAAGCCAAAGAAAAGAUUAUUCAGCCCAACUAUUUGCCUUUGCCAUUUAACGAAUGCAUGAAAGAAAACGGUAACGCGCCAAAUAAAGACAGAGUCAAUAAAUUAUUCCUCAAGGCCUUCGACCCGACUGCGAUAUGCCUGGGCAAUAACGACUAUAAUUACCCCAUUGACGAUAAAAUCCUAAUAUCAAAAAAUGGUGACUCCUUUAAUGUACCAAUAAGUAUAGACCCCAAAGCCGGCGAGGGACAAUUGGAAUUAUCUAUAGAUGGCGGUUCUAUACCUAACACCGUUAAAUUGCUUUCAAACAAGUGCAACCGGGAAAAUCCGGAAAAUUCGUUAAAGAAAGUAUGUUUGUUGACUUUUGUACCCAUCAAGGAUUUCCAUACCUUGGAGGUCAAAUUUAAUGGGUGCGCUAUCAGCAAUUCCCCUUUUAAAUUGCAGUUCAUAUACCUAAAUUUUGAUGAGGAGAAUAUUAACGGAGAAAUAUGUCAUUCUAACUUGAAUGAUUGUCAUGCAAUCGACGAAGAGACGUGUAAAGAUAAACAACCAUCGAUGGAACUUGGGAAGGAUGAUGGAAUUAAGGACAAUAUGUGUGAUUUCGAAACCGAUAUUAACAUUAGAUCAAUUAAUGAAUAUUCUAGAAAACAUGAUGCAUAUGAAAAUAAAAUCGAUGGUAUUGAUCAAACCAUGAGACACAAAUCACCUCAUAAAAAGGUUGAUGUAGAGAAAAUCCUUAAAGAGGUUAAGAUCGCCAAAUCGAGUUCGAAUGACCCAGCUAAGAAUAUAUUAGUUAACAAAGAACGUACUCCUCAUAAUGAUAAGAAAAAAUCGUUGGAUAAUAAUAAUGUGGUUGACCAAACGAUCCUAGUUAAAGAUGAUCUUGAUUUUACUUUGGCACAAAACCUCGGAAGCAAAUUUUUAGACAAAGAUGAUUUAUCAACAAAUCAAAAUGGAAAAAUUGAUAAUAUAAAAUUUGAUAAACUCCACAAUUCUACUUUUGAGGCCGCUAAGGGUACGCCAAAAAUUAACGAAACCGUUGCCAUAAAGCGGGAAAAUCCGUUCAUUUUAAAACUGUAUCGUUAUCAGGAUACGGCGGCCGAUUACGAAGUGACCGCUUUUAAUAGCAAUGAUAUCGUAAACAGAAAACGUUUGAUAGCAAGUUUAAUAAUGCCUUCGUCCAACAGAAGCACGCGUCAAGACAACGUUGUAUUGAUUCACAAGGAGACAUUGCCUAUAUCUACUUUAUGUACAUUUGAGAUUGUUUCCUCUGCUUCGAUACCGUCUGAUUUACAAAUUUCUCUCAAAUCCUUAAACAAUUUGGGAAAUGGUGAAUCAAAAAAAACACCGAUACAAUUAUUCCCGAAAUUCGAUGGUCCAUGCCUUGCUACGAAUAACCAUCUAAACAAAUUUUUCCUUACAUUCACUUUACCGGAUACAGGAAAUUAUGAGCUCGCUUGUGGUUCUGCCUCUUAUGAUAGUCCCGAAACCAUGAUUAAAACGGACAUCGUUGCUUAUAGCAGCUGCCAUAGCGAAAUGCUUAUAUUCGAAAAUAUAAAUCUAAGUGAAAAUGGAGUCGCUGCUCCUUAUCAGAAAUUUGGGUUUGUAGGGAAGGAUUACACUUUUAACGCUCGUUUUAAAAGAGGUGAUGAUCUGAGAGAGUUGGACAUAAAUUCGAUGGAAUUUAUUAUCAACUAUAGCGACGCUUUUAAUCAUAUCCUCAAAAAAGAGGUCAAAGUCAUCAAAAUUUUAACCGAUUAUUCUCAUCUUUAUCAAUUCAAAUUCUUACCUUUAGGGGAGGGAUUUUACGAUUUGAAGUUCUUGGUUAAGGGCAAAGCCGUGAAAGCAAAUUUUUGGCAGAAAAUCUAUAUUUUUCCGUUCAGGCAAUUGGAAUUCAAUCAUUUACCUCAUUUUUGCGCAACCAACAACAAUGAAAAACAAAUAUUAAAUCUAAUCGAUCCAUCAACAAUCUUCACCAAUCAAUCCCUAUCUCAGUACUCUUGUCCUAAUAUUGAUAAUAAUCUCAAGAAUAACCUUAUUCCUCCUUAUCUACUAUUCAUAAAAUUAGAUCAAAGUUGUCAUUUAGAUACCGUCAAAAUGCCCUACUUAAAUUUUUUUGGUAUCACUUUUGAAUUACAGCCUUUGCCGGAAAUACCAAGUAAUGAUAACAAUAUAAACAAUAUUUGUCGGAAAGAGUCCGAUUUAAAAGACCUUUGCAUAAAAGAUGGCUUAAAAACUAAAUUUUUAGCUCAAGAAAACAGAAUAAAGAUAACUUUCAAACCCAAAAUAGCAUCGAAAUACGUAUUAACCAUGUGUAUUGAUGAAAUACCACUGACAAUAUUACUCGUUCAAUGCGUCGAUAUCAAUGCCAUGAAAAUAACUGAAAAUCAAUUGAAAAAAGUCCUUAUAUCAGAUUUAAGGGAAUAUCAUUUGUCCAUUGAUAGUUCUGAAUGUGGUGGUUUAGGCCCCAUAUUUUUACACCUUGAAGAUGACAAUUUACAAGGAAGUAAUGUUCAAUAUUUAUCAAACUUGAAUACGGAAGAAAAGUUAUAUAUCACCGAUCUAAAAGAUUUUUACAUAUCUACCUGCGUUACAUAUCAACCACCUAUAAUUGAGUCUUUUUUUGGUCGUAAACAAUCAUCAAUCAUCACAAUUUCUCUUAAAACGUUUUACAAACCAGAUAAUUUUGAUCAGAAACCGAAAACUCAAAAUUCAAAUAAUCCUACUCCAGGAAAAACUUUAACCCUAUUUCUCUCUUUUCUAUAUUGGGGCCUUGAAACGUCCCAUUUAACUCAAACAUUUUUCUUAGACUUGGAGUCGAUUUCGUCCAAAAUAGCCAAGCUGAGAGAACUAAAUCGAGAGCCCUUCAUUGAUUCUCUUCAACUCUAUCCCGGAGGCGAUCUAUCCACUAAGAUUUUCUGGGUUCAAGCUUUCCGACCAACCAAUUUUAAGAUACUGGCUCAUUACGACAAAUUUUUUAAAAAUGGUGAUGCGCUGACCAAAAAUAUAGAUAUGAUAACUGGCGAACAUUAUGACACGUCUUGGAAACCAUUUAAAUGUUCCAUAGAUUCGAAAUUCAAGAGGGUCCCUGUUAUAUACAAGAUAACAGCUAAGGGCAUGAUCCGAGAUUUAUCUUUAUCUGCUUUAUUGAUGAAAAAGGACUCGCUCGGUAAUAAUGGUGAAAUUUGGAACCAUCAGGAUACUAAACUGGGCUGUGAUAGUGUAAUAACCAACGAUCCAAACGAAUUAAAUGCCGUUAUUUAUUCUGUGGAUUUCGUUCCUUGCGAACUAGGUGCUCAUACCGUAACUGUUGAAGCUAGGAAUUAUGAUGCAGGGCCUAAUUAUGAGGAUAAACCAAUCGGAGAAUCAAGCCAGGAAUCUAAUUCUCUAUGUGUGCUAGAUUUUACUUUCAACGUUUUUGAUGUUCAAAAGGUCAAAUUCAAACCAAUCUUAGGAGAUUUUUUAAAUAACAAUAAUCCCGAUUCUCUCUUUAUGACAUUGAAUCAACCUUGCACCUUUGAAGUGGAUUGUUUCAAAGCUGGCGGUUGCAAAUCGAUCGAUAUAAAUAUAAUAAAUCCUCAUAUCAACGAUGAGGCCCCUAUCUCCCACGAAAUCGAUUACAGUGAAUCUGCUAUACACAAAUUCAAGGUAACUUUCGUUCCCGAAACAGAAGCCCCUAAUUAUUUGGUGCAUGUGUCUGUGAAUAACGAAGCUAUAUGCGGUAGCCCAUUUAUCGCUAAAUUUUUAAAUCCAGCGAAUGAUUCAGGAUUGUAUUUAAAUCCAUUAGAAAGUAUUAAAAACUCGUUUGAAGCCCUCAACAAUACAGAUUCAAUAUCUAUCAUCGAUCAUAUUAAGCCUACAAAAGAACUUCCAAAAUUAGAUGGCGCUGAACCGAUUUAUAUAGAUGAUACACCAAUUCAAGAAUUAAUUGAUAGAAAAUCUAUCGAAGAAGAAUUAUUCAAAACGAAAACUACUCAUUGCGAUAACAUUAAAGGAACCAUUAAUUCUAAUCUUAAAUUUUUAAUGGAAGCACCUAAUAUCGAUUCCAAAACCACGAAUAUAAAAGAUUUACUAGAAAUCGAAGUAGAUAAAAACGUUAAAAAUUUAACCAUUAGUCACCCUGAGGUCUUUGAAAACACUGAUGGUAAGAAGAAUGUGCUUGUUACUUGUGUUCCACUUUAUCCUGGUCCACAUAUAUUUUCCCUGAAAACGAAAAUCAAUGGUCGAACUUUAAACCGUACUUGCCAUAUUUUUGUCACUGAGAACCUUAACCAGUAUCAAGCGCUUUCAGCUGACGAUAUGAUGAUAUUUCCCGGUAUUAUUAAAGAUAUUAUUAAACAAGGCCAGGCUUUCAAAUUUCAAAUAUACGGCCCUGUCAAAUUAGAAGCUAAGGAUGUUGAUGUAUAUGACGAACAUGGUUCUAAAUUCCAAAUAUCCCCUAAUUCUAAUUUUGGAUUAGAUAUAGAAUACGUUCCACAGCUUAUAGGUGAAACUCUGAUACACGUCAAGCGAAACAAUACUGAUAUCAAUGGGAGCCCACUAAGCCUUCGCGUCUUCGAUUCGAACAAAAUAUUGGUGCGUGAUCUGAAACGGGCUGCCGUUAUGAAAUACGAGGACGGGAAGGAAGAAGCAAACGAAAUAUCUUUUUUAAUCGACGCCAAGAAGGCUGGAAUAGGAAAUUUGGAAAUCCUGAUUUCUUGCGGUGAACAUCAUAUACCUAACCGCGUAGAAAUGUACAGAAAUAGCGAUAACAAUAUUAGCGCGAGCGAAAAUAAUAAUACGAAUUAUCACAGAAAUGGAAAUAGCAAAAAGAUAUUUAAAGUUUAUUUCCGUCCGUCGGCCCCUAAACUACACCACAUCGAUAUAAAAUUCAAUGGUCAGCAGAUCCCGGGGAGUCCAUUCGAAUGUAUGAUCUUAGACCCCAAGGCUUUUGUAUUUAGUGGCCCGAAUCUCAAAUACCUACAUGUCGGUCGAAAGAACAGAAUGCAUUUGUAUAUACCUCGUGAUUAUCUUUCUUACCUGAAUGUGGAACAUGAUCUUAGAUGUUAUUUGACUCCCUUACCCUAUACCAACGAUCGUAAAUCCCAUAAUUCUAUCAUUAAUUAUAUCACGGCCAACCUAUCACCUCUCAAAAAUAUUGAGGCCGAUAAACAUAACCAUGCAAACAUCAACAACCACAAAGAUGACUGUAUUUCAUACAUAAUCGAAUUUGAUCUCAACAACAACAUAGUAAUAACCUCUUAUGAAAUAGUGAUCCAAUAUCAGGGAGUAAAAUUAUUUGGUUCUCAGAAUUAUCCUCCAUACAUAUGUAAAAGUUACGAUGCCUUAGCGGUGCGAAUUCAUAAAUUCAAGGAUAGGAUCAAAAUCAAUAAAUUGAAUCGUUUUUACGUGGACGUAUCUAAAUCCGGGGACGGUGUACUUGAAACAUGUAUAAAGACUCAGCAACUCACGCAGACAAACUUCGAUUCCAACCCGAAGAAUAAUAUCAAUUCAAACUCUAUCCCAGCCCUCAACUAUUGUAAAGUGACCGAAAAAGAAUGUACCAAUUUGAUGGUUCCUCUUACCGUCACUCCCAAAUACAAAGAGGGUUCAGAAAAUUUGGACCAAUCAUUUAACCUCAAAUCACCGAGUGAGUUAAUAGUAAUAGGAUACGAAAUAAACUACGUUACUCAAUGUUUGGGACUUCACCAAGUCGAUUUGCUGUAUAAUGGUAUUGUAGUUCCGACUAGUCCUUUGUCCGUUCACAGCGAAAGAGGGAAGCAAAAUGUGUGGGGACCCGGCAUAUCUGCGUUUCCUAUAGAAAAAUGUCCGGCCUAUUUUUACCUUGACGCUAAAAGUUUGAACCUGGACACUUGUAGAUUAUUUUCCUCCUCUUCCCUAUCGAAUAGUCGGUCUAGUAUAGCUAUAAAUAGAGUUAAUGUUGAUAGUUUCAAUACUUCGUAUGACAAUGGGAAAAUAGCGAUCAAUGGAACCUUAACGAAUGGCAUCGAAAACGAGGGGCUGUUUAAUGAUAAACACGAGGAUGAGAUUAAUGAGCACCCGCAUCCAUCGUAUUCUCUCAAGUUUUUUAAUUCCAAAAGACAGAGAGAUAAGAGGUUCGAGGUUGUCAUAAAAGACAUCACAGGGCAACUCGUUCCUUGGAAGAUUAAGCCAGUUAAAGUGGAAACCGGUAAAUCUAAUUCUUCAAUCCUGACAGUGGAAUAUUAUCCAAGGAUCGUUGGUGAUCAUUUCGUUAUUUUGAGACAAUCACCUUACGUUAAUAAAAGCGAAACUCACAGUUCAGAAUCGACUUAUCUCCAAGAACACAUUGACGGAAGUUCGUACAACGUUAUAAUAUAUCACGAAAGCUAUUUCACCAGCUCGAACCAUUCCUUCUCCAAGCGCAUCCUGAAUCUUGAAGCUUGCCAAAAUCCGCUCAUUACUCAGCCUCGAAAUUUAGGAGAACCCGGGCUAAUACAAGAUUUUAAUAAUGAACCUAAGUUAUUUGAUCAAAUUGAGAAAAAUAACACGAGUGGUGCUAUGCAUGAUUUCGUUGAUUCUCUAGAAGUAGCAAGUGUCAUUGAUACUGUUAAUGACAGUAAAAUGGCAGCUCGCAUAGGGUAUCUUGGCGAAAUUUACUCUUUUUUUGUUGACGUACCCCCAUCAUAUCCUCAUUCUCAGCAUCCAGAAAUAUCCAUAAUUACCAAAGACAACCAGUUUUCCAAACCGAGCAACAAAAGUCAAUCUACUGAUGGAAACCAUACAUAUCAUCUUAGCGAUAGCAUGGAUUUUAAAUGCGAUAACAUAUUUUUCACGUUAGGACGUACGAAUGUUAAAGGAAUGUAUCAGAUAUCGUUUACCCCAAACUCUUUUAAGCUCCACCAAGUUAAUGCUAAGAUUAAUGGAAAAUUUCUACCAGGCUUCCCCCAUCUCAUAAAUAUAUUGCCAUCACAUAGCGCUCAUUAUAACCUUGACAGCCCUAAUCGCCUUACUCUAUCACCUUGCAAUAAAAAUGCAGUUUCUCCUAUUAGCAACACUAAAAGCAGCAAAAAAUCUAUUACUAGUAGCAAAGCAUCACCUAAAAUUAUCGCGCCAAUCAAAGCUUGUAUAAGUGAUAUCGUUAAAAUGGAUAAAAAUGAUAAAAGUCAUAACAGAAAAUCUAACGUUUUUAAUUUUUAUGGUAAAUAUAAUCCCUACGCUAGCGGGAAAGGCUUAUCUAGCUGUGCAACAAUAAAGGACGCGAGUUUCACUUUACAUCAAAUCGGAGAGGGGCAAGAUAUCGAUGUGAUUAUUACCGGUCCUAAGAAUUCUCUCAUCCCUUGUAGGUGCUAUUACAUUCAAAAGGACAUUUAUAACGUGGAAUAUCGACCAGAACAAAUUGGCGAAAACAAAAUAGACAUAUUGGUUGACCAUUGUAAAAUAGAUGGUAGUCCUUUCAUCAGUUACGCUUACGAUCCGCAGAAGGUCAAAAUACUAUCAAAAGAUAAUUCUAACUCAUCCUUUUCAGUUACCCUAGGGGAAGAUUUGGAUAUAUAUGUUGAUUGUACGGAAGCUGGUCCCGCCGAACUUAAGGCUAAGAUAAAAAGAAGAUGCAAGGAUAAUAUACUGAUCAAAUGCAAAGAUGAAUAUUCGCUCAAAAUUCUACCAGUCUCUUCUAAAACUAUAUCGAUUUCAAAUGAGAUAUCUUUGGAAGGUAAUCAAAAAGCCGUGAAGUUUAGACCGCAAGUUAAAGGGAAUUUUUUGCUUUCACUCAUUUACGGGGAACAUUUAAUAACCGACCCACCGAUCAAGAUCAUCGUCAAAACAGAUCCCGAUUUUAAGUGCAUUUUUGAAGGCGAGGGACUAAGUCGAGGUAGGGUGGGCGAAACUUGUAAUUUUAAAAUUUUUAUUAAAGAGAUUCUCAAGAAUGAUAGAGAACGUACAUUAUCUUACACUGGAAUCUCAUCGGUGUUUACUAUGAAGCCUCAAAUUAUGAUUGAAGGUCCCAAUUCAUUGCCCCCUUUUGAACUGGUAUGUCAAGGCGAAAAUGCAUAUUCCGUUUCUUACACUCCCUCAGAAAUCGGGAGUUUCAAAAUCAAUGUAUAUCUUAACGACGUAUUGGAAGGCCCCUUUAACGCUCUGAUAUGCGACUUAGAAAAGGUUAAAAUCACGAUUCCCCCUAAUGCUUCGCACAACGCUACUUCAUUCGAAACUCAAAAUGACAAUAAUAAUUGUUUAAUUUUUACUCCCGAUGAGUAUACCAAAAUAUUAGUCGACGCUAACUUAGCCGGGCCAGGCUCUUUGAGCGCAAACGCCCAAUUUUUGCCUACUAUCAAACGAAAAAUGGUCGAAAUCCCUCUAGAAAUUGAACGAAUAUCUCACGAUUCUGAUUAUUGCGUCCUCUUUAUGCCAAAGUUACCAGGUGACUAUUUCAUUCACCUAAAAUGGAAUGGCUAUUCGCUACCCAAAUCUCCUUUCAUAGGAAAAUAUCUUGAAACUUUGCCGGACAAAGUGGACAAGAUGACAAAAUCAAUCGAAUAUUCUAAUGCUACGAGUAUUGAUGAAACAAAGAAUUAUAGUGUUAAUUGUGACGAUAAAACUAUUUAUAACGCCCUCAAAAAAAUACUAUCAAAAAAUUAUAACUCCUCACCGCUCAUCAAAAUUGACGGAACGGUAGAGACCUUCAUCAUGGCUGGACAGAAAUACGAAUUUACCCUGGAUAUUACGUUAUUAUUACAGAAAAUUAAAAAAGAAAUUGACAUCAGUGAUAAAUUAUCACCUGGCGAUCCAAAUCUCGCAUUUCAACCUGUCUUCAAGUUUUUACCUCAAAAUAUGUCUAUCGAUAAAUCAGAAGAUAUUAAAUACUUCGAUAUUAGCGUCAAACAAAUCUCUCCUUGUCUUUUUACCUACACGUUUAUUAUCGACACUAUAGGCGAAUAUCAGAUUUACCUGGGCUACCAAAGUCUCGAAUCAAUUGUUGGCAAUGACUUAUCAAAAUUUUUGCACAUCCUAGCCUCACCUUACAAUCUCUCAUGUCACUUCUACGAAAGACCUACCUCUACAUUACCAUCAAAUGGCUCCGCUUCGCUUAAUUUGAAGCAAGACAAUAUAUACGAUAAUUACACGAUCACCAAAAAUGAUUUCAAAAGAAAUAAUGACCAUAAAUAUAAGAGAGAAACGGUAAAUUUAGGUGCCGAUUUGAACGAAGACCGUCCAAUCCAAGAGUAUCAGGAGAUCAAAUCUAGCACGAAAAUAUCUCCCAAGCCUAAAAACACAUGUGAUAUCUUAAACACAUCUAACGCCUCUAGGGUUAAGUUGUAUGGUCCUGGUAUUAAAAGCGGGGUUUUAGCCAAUUUUCAAAGUCAUUUCUCUAUCGACACUAAAGGAGCUUGUGCUGGACAACUAACUGUUAAAAUAAGGGGACCCAAAAGUGCGUUUCACGUUCACAUGAAACGGGAUGCUGUAAGGGACAGGUUAAUUCACUGUAAUUACGAUCCGACGGAAGUGGGUGAUUAUAAUAUACACGUAACUUGGUCUGGUAAUCACGUGCUGGGCUCCCCUUUCAACGUCGUCAUUUACGAUACCCUGCAAGAACUCAAAGAAAAUUCUGAAACUAAAUUUGAACUUAGCGGGAAUGACCACGAUUCAAUUAGGGCUACCGAAGACAGUAUUACCCAUGGGGAUUGUUUGGUCGAUUGCCACAACUUGGAACACUACAUAUACGAAACCUUUCGAGAUAAUAAAGGUUAUACUGAUAUCGGAAAGUCGAAAGGUUUGGCAAAUGGCAGAAAGGAAAUCACUAAUAGUUUAAGGAGUUACGACGAAAAAAAGGAUAUUUCUGCUGCUUCCAGUUUGACCGCAAGCGAUAAAUUAAGCCUCGAUGGAUCCUAUCAUAAUGAUAACACUAUCGGGGGCUUUCAUAAACUAUCCUAUGAAGAAUGGAGAAAAAUGCAUUAAUGACUUUUGAAUUGAUUAAACUAUUAUAUUAUUAUAAAUUCAAGAUAAUUAAGUAUUGCUAGGAAUAUUAAAUCGGUCAAGGUGCUAAAAUUUGUGAGAUUAAUUUUUAUUACUAAUUAAAAAUCAUGUUUUUUUUAGUCUUGCUAAGGCUCUAAUACGAAACACAUUAUUUUAACU